AUCUUCCUGCGUCCGAUCCAGUUCAUCGUCUUCCCGCUCGUCUUCUCAUCGCUCAUUGUCGGUAUCGCUGGCAACAACGACCUCAAGCAGCUCGGCCGCCUCUCGCUCAAGUCGUUCAUCUACUUUGAAAUCGUCACGACGCUGGCGCUCAUUGUGGGCCUCCUCGCCGUCAACUGGGUCCAGCCCGGCAAGACGGGCAUCACCAAGAAGGGCAACUACACGGGGUCGGCGUCGUCCACCUUUACAUUCGCCCAUUGGAUCAACUACUUGACGCCCAAGACGUGGGGUGAGAUGAUGGGCGGCUCGGGCAGCUCGGAGCUCCUCCAAGUGCUCGUGGCCUCGAUCCUCGUCGGUGUCGCCACCGCGCAGACCCACGGCCACCACAAGCAAGUGCUCCUCGAGCUUGCGACCGCCGUCAUGGAGAUGAUGCUCAAGUUUGUCGACAUUGUCAUCUGGACCGCGCCGCUCGGUGUGUGCUUUGCGGUCGCCAACGCGAUCGGUGCCAACGGUGUCGGUGCGCUCGCGGCCCUCGGCGCGCUUGUCGCGACCUUGUACGGCACGCUCGUGGUGUUUAUCAUUGUCAUCUUCGGCCCGAUCUUCUUUGUCUUCAAGAUCAACCCGCUCGAGUUCAUGGCCGCGAUGCGCGAGCCGCUCGUGAUUGCGUAUACGACCGCGACGUCCGAAGCCGCGUUGCCCAAGGUGUUUGAGUGCCUCCUCCAGUUUGGUGUCUCGCCCCACAUUUCGGCCUUUGUCGUGCCCUUUGGCUACUCGUUCAACCUCGACGGCUCGACCUUGUACCUCUCGCUCGCGGCAGUCUUUUGCGCGCAAGCCGCUGGCAUUGAGAAAGGCGUCGGCGAGCAAAUCACGAUGGUCCUCAUGCUCAUGAUCUCGUCGAAAGGCGUUGCCGGUGUCCGCUCGGCGAGUAUCAUUGUCCUCGCCUCGACCGUCGACCAGUUUAACAUCCCGAGCUGGCCCGUCGCGCUCCUCCUUGGCGCCGAUUGGCUCAUGGACAUGGCCCGUACGUUCACCAACGUCUUUGGCAACUGCCUCGCGUCGGUCGUCAUGGCCAAGCUCGAGGGCGAGUUCCGCAAGGACGGCUGGGAGAAGGCGCUCGAGUCGGCCAACGAAGACUCGUAUGUGGUCGAAGAAGUCAAGGUGCUCGAGGAAGGCCGGACGAGCGUCCAGCAUUAAACCGGGUGUGGCAAGGUUGCCAAUUGUAGAGUACAAAGUGAUGUCGUGAUACAAAAUAAAACACAAGUGAAUGGACGCAGAUGGUAUGCGCUUACGUUUGAAAUAUCG